UCGGUGACUUUCCACCGUGAAUCUAUGAGAAAUCGUUCGUGCAUCGCUUGAGUUUGAGAAACGCUUCUAGCGUCGGCUUUCUUCUAGUGCACGCAGUUGUCAGUGCUGCACAGCCGUCGUUACCGCUCACCGUCGUAGGUAUUGGAUGAAUUGUUUGCGAUGGAGAAUCCAGUGGAAUCUACUGAAUCCAUGCUCUUAGAUGAAGUAAUGGAGGAAGACAGCCUGGCGGCACCGGAUAGUGGUAAUGCAAAUGAAAUUGGGUCCCUUGAUACUUUGAAUAGUGCGAUUAGUGAAGCAGCAGUGGCUACUGCCGAUGGAGAGCUUCCUGAGCACUUGUUAGAGACUGAGCGGGAAGCACCAACUGACAUUGUUAAUGAUGAAACUCUUACAGAAGACAUUGACGGAAACAACGAAGAGUCUGUGAUGGCACAGCAACUAGACAAUGAAGCUGAAAGUCUAGUGGAAGGUGAUCGUGACACUGAAAUGGCAGCAGAUGGUGGAGAAGAAACUAGUCGUUCUUUUGAACAUCCAGAGGUUUCUAGUCUUGAGCAAGUGGACGAGCCAAUGGAAACACAUGAUGAGGCCAUCUCCACCACAGAUGAUUUUCUGUCGGAGACCAAAGCUCUCAUAGUGGAAGGUGAACCCCCACAUCAGCUCAUGGAAGAGGCUGACGCAAAUGAGGAGGAAAAUACUGGAGAGGAUUUGGUUGGAACUAGUGGAAUUGAAGAGCCCUCUGAUGUUCCUGUAACUGCAGCUGAUGAAGCCAUGUUUGAGUAUGUUCAACAUAAGUCAGAAGAACCAUCUCAAGCUGAGGCUGAAGAAGGAAUGCUGCUUGAGCAGCAAGAAGAAUCAGGUGUGCAAGAGGCUCUUGAUCCGCUGCCAGAGCCACAAGAAAAUGAAUUGCAACCAGUGCCUGAGAAAAUGGAAGAACCAACUUCUCCUAGCAACAACGAAAAUGCUACAGAACUGUCAGAACUUGCUGCAGAGGACAGUGCUACAGAUACUGGUGACACUCUAGAGCUGCCUCUUUCAGAAGGCGAAAUUGAUAGUUCUGCUGCUGCAAACGCAAGUGGUUUCACAAUUUUGGCUGCAGGAGAUCACAUGGGUGGAUCAUUAAGUGAUCUGAAUGGGAAAUUAGUAGUUAACCCUGACGGCACUGUUCAUCUCCUCUCUGGGCAAGAAACCCUUCAGGGCAUGCAGUUGAUGGAAGGUGACGACAAACCUGAGGAAGAAGCCAAUGGAGAAGAAACAGCUGCUCAAAUGCAGGAAAGAAUUAGAGCUCAGCUCCAUGAAGCUCUCAUGAAGCAAGAAGAGAUUAAACAGGAGCAGGAGGAGAGAGAGCCAGAGACUUCUUCCGAUAGUCAACCAGGUGCAGAGUCUGAUGCUCUGGCUACUCUCGCUUCGGCAGCCCUUCAUCACCAAACUCCCUCUAAUGGGGUGAAAAAUGAGGUGGAGUCUUCUGACGUUAAAAAUGAAGGUGAUGAACCACAGUGGAUGGAUGUGGGGAUUUGUAAGGGGACCCACUGUAUAGUGCGGACCUUCUUUGUUCCAAACGAAGAAGGUCAGAGCUGGGAUAAAAACUGGCAAGGCGUCACUACCAGCACUCUGCCAGAUCACAGAGCAUUAGCAAAGUUGGAACUAGAAGCUGGAAAGGCUUACAAGUUCCGUGUUGCUGCCAUAAACUCAUCUGGUCGUGGACCCUGGAGUGAGAUUUCAGCCUUUAGAACUUCUAUGCCAGGUGUACCUAGUGCACCAUCUUCUAUCAAGAUAUCAAAAACAACAGAAGGAGCACAUUUGACUUGGGAUCCACCCUCCGCUGCAUCUGGCCAAAUUGCGGACUACACUGUAUAUAUGGCUGUUCGGAAAGCUACAACUGAUUCACAGGUGGUUUCCAGUGGAGCAACUCAGUUAGCAUUUGUAAGAAUAUACCAAGGUGUAGAAAACCAAUGCUCUGUAGGCUUUGAAACACUAAGUGAAGCCCAUAUAGAUGGUGGCGCCAAACCAGCAAUUCUCUUCCGUAUUGCGGCUAGGAAUGAGAAAGGAAUGGGACCAGCAAUUCAAGUGAGGUGGCUGCAAGAUGGAGCUGCUGCCGUCAAUCCUGCUAAUAAGGCAGCCACUGCACCAAGGCGUGUGGGACCUGAAAUUAAACCUCAUACUAGUAUUAAGAGGCUGAAGGGUGAAUGUGACUAACGCAGACCUCAUUGACAAAGUUAACUCAACUUUCUGUUUUUAUUUGUUAAUUAUGUAAGCCAAAAAGUGUUCAACGAUGUGACAACAUUGUAUAGUUUUACACGCUGCACCAUUAUUUUUUUCUUUCUUUCAUUUUUUUAUUUGUUGUUGAUUGACAAUUGUUUCAAAUUUGAAUACGAAUGUUUUCUUUCAUCCCUUUAUUAGAUAACACUUCUUGGAAUAAAGCGUCGUUUUAAUGAUCUCA